AUGGUUGACUUAUUUCGUGGCUACAACUCUCUUGUUCAACCAGUUCGAAAUCGAUCCGAACUUCCAAUGAUCGUCAAAAUCGGAAUGCAACUUGUUCUUCUGAUCAACGUCGAUGAAAAAGAGCAAGUGAUGCAUACAAAUGUCUGGCUGACUAUGAAAUGGGACGAUUUUCAAUUGAAAUGGGAUCCACGAGAUUAUGCAAACAUUACUCAGAUUCGAGUGGCUCCAGAGAAAGUUUGGCUGCCAGAUAUAGUUCUAUUCAAUAAUGCUGAUGGAAACUACGAAGUGUCAUUCAUGUGUAAUGUACUCAUUCUCAGUACUGGAACAGUUUUAUGGGUUCCACCGGCAAUUUACAAGAGCAGUUGUAUUAUUGAUGUCGAAUUCUUCCCAUUUGAUGAUCAAUUGUGCAGUUUGACAUUUGGAAGUUGGACGUACAACCGAGAUGAAAUAAAACUGGAUUUUCUAACAGCGGAUCGAGUUGAUUUCUCUGAAUAUUCAACAAGUUCAAUAUGGGAUAUGAUGGAUGGACCUGCUGUAUUAACAUCUGAUAGAAGUCGCAUCGAAUUCCAAAUCCGAAUUCGACGGAAAACUCUUUUCUACACAGUUGUCCUCAUUCUUCCAACUGUAUUGAUGGCAUUUCUCAACGUCACUGUAUUCUAUCUUCCAACUGCUUCCGGAGAGAAAAUGGGAUUGACGAUGAAUGUAUUACUCUCAAUUGUUGUGUUUUUACUCCUGGUUUCUAAAAUUCUACCUCCAACAUCUUCUUCAAUUCCACUGGUUGCCAAGUACCUCCUACUCACUUUUGUAUUGAAUAUCAUAACUAUCAUGGUGACAACUAUUAUUUGUAAUAUCUAUUUCCGAAGUCCAAUCACUCAUAGAUUGCCUCCAUGGGUCCGGAAAGUGUUUCUAGAUUGGUUACCUCUUCUGAUGUGUAUGCAGAGACCUCAUCGAAAGAAUGUUAUCCAGAAAAGUCAUCGGAAACUUCUUGAAACUGGACCAAGUGUUGAAGAGAAUCCGAUGAGAUCUGGAGAGCAUCAUCCAUUAUGCAGGCAUACACAUAAUCCAGAUAGUUGCCGAAAAGUGAGAAUUCAAAGUGAUGAGUUGGAUGAUGAGUUGUCACCAGAAGCUCAACGAGCAAUUGAUGCAAUAGAAUUUAUAACAGAGAAUCGCAGAGAUGAAGAGAUUACAAAACAGUUUCGAGAUGAUUGGAAAUUCAUUGCAAGUGUUGUCGAUCGGUUUCUGUUGUAUGGCUUUUUUGGAGCAACAGUUGGAGGGACAAUUGGAAUCGUAUUCUCAGCUCCAUCCGUCUUCGAAACAUUCGAUGAACAUGCUCAACUAGCUAAAUUAAAACAAUUAUAUGAUAUGGGUCUUGCCAAUGACACAGUUCUCGGUCUAUUCUGA